CGGACAGCUGCCGGCCGAUCCCCCCUCCGCCGCGCUGCCCCACCCGAAAGACGGAAAAACAAAAAAAAGAAGGAAAUUAAAUUAAACAAAAAAUAAAAAAAGAAAGCGAGAGUUGCAGAAGACACACAGAGGUGCCCCCACGGAGACAAGGAGAAGAAGACGGGUCGGGUCUUGUAGCUGCUUUCUCCUUCUCAGUCCACUUAUCUUCUCUCUCUCUCUCUUCUUUCUCUCUCUAGAAUUCCCUUUGCUUUCCCUUCCCAAAACCCCCACUCCCUCACUUCGUCUCGGGAAUUCAAUUCCCCCCUUUGAUUUUUUCUCAAUUGGCGAUUUCUUUCGGGAUUUUCGUUUCGCCGGAAGGGUUUGGCUCGUUCGGGUCGGGUUUUGGACCGUUGAAGAAUCGGCGAGAUCUGGCUGCGUAUAUUGCUAGGGAUCGGAAUUGUGAUCCAAUUGGAGCUGGUUUCGAUUACCGUUUUGGAUCCGAUCGGGGGAGAAACAGCGCCAUCAGAUGGCGCUGUUCAGACGAUUCUUCUAUCGGAAGCCGCCGGAUCGGCUUCUUGAGAUCUCCGAGCGGGUGUACGUUUUCGACUGCUGCUUCUCGACCGAUGUGUUGGAAGAAGAUGAGUACAAAGUAUACUUGGGUGGCAUUGUAGCACAGCUGCAAGACUACUUCCCAGAUGCUUCUUUCAUGGUGUUUAACUUCAGAGAAGGGGAUAAGAGGAGCCAAAUUUCCGACGUGCUUACGCAGUAUGACAUGACAGUAAUGGAUUACCCUCGGCAAUAUGAGGGGUGCCCGCUGUUGCCACUAGAGAUGAUUCAUCACUUCCUUCGUUCGAGUGAGAGUUGGUUGUCAUUGGAGGGGCAACAGAAUGUGUUGUUGAUGCACUGUGAAAGAGGAGGAUGGCCUGUUCUCGCGUUUAUGCUUGCGGGUCUUCUGUUGUACCGUAAACAAUACAGUGGGGAGCAGAAGACUCUUGAAAUGGUUUACAAGCAGGCUCCUAGGGAACUUCUCAAUAUUUUAUCUCCUUUAAACCCACAGCCUUCGCAGAUGAGAUAUCUUCAGUACAUUUCGCGACGAAAUUUGGGUUCUGAAUGGCCUCCAUCAGAUACACCUCUACUUUUGGAUUGUCUGAUACUUCGAAAUCUACCGCUUUUUGAUGACGGAAAAGGUUGCAGGCCUUUUAUACGUGUUUUUGGUCAAGAUCCUUCUACACCAGCUAACAGGAGCUCUAAGCUUCUCUUUCCAACUUUAAGGAAUGAAAAGAAUACCCACCUCUAUGUACAGGCAGAGUGUGUGCUGGUGAAAAUUGAUAUUCGUUGCCGUGUUCGAGGGGAUGUGGUUCUUGAAUGCAUCCACCUAGAUGAAGAUCUGGUUCGCGAGGAGAUGAUGCUCCGGGUUAUGUUCCAUACAGCAUUUGUACGAUCAAAUAUACUGAUGCUGGGUCGUGAUGAUAUUGAUAUUCUUUGGCAUGCCAAGGAUCAGUUUCCAAAGGACUUUAGAGCAGAGGUACUUUUUCUGGACGCUGAUGCUGUUGUGCCUAAUAUCACCACAGUUGUGGCAAGUGAAGAAAGCGAGGCAGGGAAUGCAUCACCCGAGGAAUUUUUUGAGGUGGAAGAGAUAUUUAGCAAUGCAUUGGAGUCACACGAAGUGAAGGCGGAUUUAGACACUUCCAUGGUUCACGACAAUACUCCUAAAGACAUAGAUCAGAAAAAAAUCUGGAAGGAGGAUUUAGAUCGUCAGGCAUUUGUAGACUGUACGUCAGAUGAUGGGAAGCACAGAAAGAACAGAAAGGCAAAUUCUAAUAUUGAUGCGGUGAAGGACAUUGCUGUUGACGAUGUGAAGUACAAGCUCAAUGAGGUGGAUUCCAAUGUCGAUGCAGUGAAAGACAUUGCUGUGGAUGAUGGAGAUAUGAAGUCAAAUUUCAUCCCAGUUGCUGCUGAUGUGCGGAGUCAUACUGGAUCUAAGGAAGUGGUAGAAGAGGGGUGUCUGAAAUUGGAAGAGAUGGAAGAUAUAAUUAAUGAAGAAGACUGCUGUCCAAGGAAGGGGUUAGAGACCAAGGUUGCACAAUCAAAACCAAGUGCUGAGGUCUCUAGACUGAAAUCUGAGAGAUUGCAGCCACCUGCUUAUAAGAGACAGCCUUCAUUUAACGCAAAAGUAGGUGCAGAAACUACAGUAGCAAAACAGAAGACUAAACAACAAGAAACUCAGGGCACUUCGGCAAAAAUAGCAAAACCAAAUGCGGUAUCUAGGUGGAUUCCCCCUAACAAAGGCUCUUAUACUAAUUCAAUGCAUGUUUACUAUCCACCAUCAAGAUAUAAUAGUGCACCAGCUGGUUUUGCCAGUACUGCUUCUUCAAAAGAUACAAAUGCAAAUGCUAGAUUGAAAGCUUCUUCUGGAACUGUGGUUUCAAAGGAUGUGGAAACUGAACUGAAAAAUGGUAAGGUGGACCCUUUGAAGCAUUCAAAGUCUGCACCAGAGACACUUACAGAGGCAUCCACAUCCUGCCUGCCAUCAACACUACCACCAAUCCAAGAGACACAACCUUCCUCUAUUAAAACAGAACAUAUUGAUGCACCAGUAGUGGCCCCUCCGCCUCCACCUCCACCUCCACCUCCACCUCCACCUCCACCUCCUCCUCCUCCUCCCCCUCCCCCUCCCCCGCCCCCUCCACCACCUAUGUCUCAAAUAUCUUCAUUGUACACUUCUCCUAUGCUUUUUUCACCAGCUACCCCAUUGUCACAGGUAGCUGUACCUCCUCCACCGCCACCACUGCCACCUCUGCUAAGUGCUAACUCUGUCUUCUCAAAGUCCUCUUCAGCCUCGUCCUUAUUCCCAUCUCCUCCCCUGCCACCACCACCACCUCCACCUCCACCUCCUUAUGCCUCAUCAUCUAGCACGCAGAAUAUUGGUAUAGCUUUGGUCCCUGCACCUCCCUCUGCCCCUUCGCCACAGCCUUCUACAUCUCUUUGGAAGGUUGGGUACUCUUCAGCUGCUUGUGUUAUGGUGGCAAGUUCUCGAACUUCACCACCGCCACCUCCCCCUCCACCUCCUUUUGCUGCAAAUGCAUCCAAGCCUUUUGGAGUUGGAGUACCUACUCCCCCGCCACCACCUACUCGUGGUGCACCUCCACGACCCCCACCCCCACCACCACCUCCAAUGCAAGGAACUCCACGUCCACCAACCCCACCUCCAUUACGUGGAGCUUUACCGCCACCCCCGCCCCCACCACAUCCAAUGCAAGGAGCUCCACCUCCACCACCGGCACCACCAUUAUGUGGAAUUCCACCUCCACCACCCCCACCACCAUUUUCAGUGCAGGGAGCACCUCCACCACAACCACCACCUCCAAUGCAGGGGGCCCCCCCUCCGCCGCCACCUCCUAUGUAUGGUGCCCCACCUCCUCCGCCACCUCCUAUGUAUGGUGCCCCACGUCCACCGCCCCCUCCAAUGCAUGGGGGGCCACCUCCACCACCUCCACCACCUUCAGGACAUGGUGCACCACCUCCUCCUCCACCUCCAAGUGGAGGUCGCGCUCCCUCACUGCCUGGAGCACCACCUCCACCACCACCUCCAGGAGGUCGUGUUCCUGGGCCUCCUGCUCCACCUGGACUUCCUGGUGGUGCUCCUCCACCGCCACCCACAUUAGGUGCCAGAGGAGCUACUGCUGGUAGAGGGCGCGGACGUGGGAUACCUGCCACAGCGCCCCGACGGUCCUCUUGUAAACCACUACAUUGGAGCAAGGUGACAAGGGCGUUGCAUGGAAGCCUGUGGGAGGAACUGCAAAGACAUGGAGAGACUCAAAAUGAGCCAGAAUUUGAUGUGUCAGAGAUAGAGAGCCUUUUCUCUGCUAUAGUUCCAAAGCCUGCAAACUCAGAUAAAUCUGGAGGGCGCCGCAAGUCUGCUGGUUCUAAACCUGAGAAAGUCCAACUGAUUGACCUGAGAAGGGCAAACAACACAGAAAUUAUGCUCACAAAAGUUAAGAUGCCACUUCCUGAUAUGAUGGCUGCCGUUUUAGCAAUGGAUGAUUCAGUAUUAGAUGUUGAUCAGGUGGAAAAUUUAAUUAAAUUUUGUCCUACUAAAGAAGAGAUGGAACUUCUUAAGAACUACACUGGUGACAAGGAGACCCUGGGGAAGUGUGAAAAGUAUUUUUUGGAGUUGAUGAAAGUGCCUCGGGUGGAGUCAAAGAUGAGAGUUUUUUCUUUCAAGAUUCAGUUCGGCACUCAGGUCUCGGAAUUUAAAAGAAGUUUGAACACAGUAAACUCUGCAUGUGAGGAGGUUCGGAACUCUGCUAAGUUGAAGGAGAUUAUGAAGAAGAUUCUUUUUUUAGGGAACACAUUGAACCAAGGAACUGCAAGGGGUGCUGCUGUUGGGUUUAAGUUAGACAGUCUACUGAAGCUCUAUGAUACGCGUGCGUCUACUAGUAAGAUGACACUCAUGCAUUAUCUUUGUAAGAUCCUUGCAUCUAAAUCACCGGGACUUCUUGAUUUUCACCAGGACCUUGUCAGCCUGGAACCUGCAACAAAGAUACAAUUGAAGUCUUUAGCAGAAGAAAUGCAAGCCAUAAUCAAGGGGUUGGAAAAGCUCAAUCAGGAGCUGACAGCAUCAGAAAAUGAUGGCCCUGUGUCAGAGGUUUUCCGUAAGACAUUGAAAGAGUUCAUUACUGUUGCUGAGACCGAAGUGGUAUCUGUGACGAACCUAUAUUCUGUGGUGGGUAGAAAUGCAGAUGCACUUGCAUUGUAUUUUGGUGAGGAUCCCGCCCGCUGUCCAUUUGAGCAAGUUACUGUGACUCUCAUAAAUUUCGUUAAGUUGUUUCGGAAAGCACACGAAGAGAAUGUCAAACAGGCUGAAUUGGAGAAGAAGAAAGUCGAAAAGGAAGCUGAAAUGGAAAAGGCCAAGGGCAUUAACCUCACAAAAAAACCACCAAAAUAGGUGAAGAUUAUAGUCACUCUAUCGCUACAUGGGAAGUUGAGCUCUCCUGCCAUACUUGCUUUUAGGACCCAGUGUUCGGUCGCAGUGUUCCUAACUAGUUGCAAGGAGGACCCUGGUUGGAAUCCCUUUCUCAGAGCUUGUGCAACGGAAAGCCCUUGGAGAUUUAUUUGGAUGAGGGCAGAAAGGGCAACUGGUCGAGUCCUGCAGCAUUCGAAGUUGUGAACUAUGCAUGAAUCUUAACUAUACAUGCUUGACAAGAUGUUCAAUCGGAUGAUCACGCCAACUGAUCAAUCAUGCGGGAUAUCAUACAAAGAGACCGGACCUUGGCUUUCACUCGACAGUUCUAUCCAUUAAUUGAGAAGCAAGGGUUCCCUGAGGCAAUCUGGUUUCCGCUGCCAUCAUGAUGUCGGAUCUGUCCCCUCUGGCAUCCUUGUGAGAGCAAAGUUGAGUCUCGGUUCAGCCUAGGCGAUCAGGUUUCGGCUUUCACCAUUCGUUUGGCAUAAAAUGUACAGCACACACCAAGGAAGAUGCCGUUGGGAUCUGUAAAGCACCCGCAUUCCUGCUGUACCGUUAAAUCCUGUACAAAUCACGCUAACCCCUCUCUCUGUAGUUUAGAAUUCAAUUCAUGUUCGUGUAACAUAUAAUUUAGUUCCUCGUUACGUUGAAAUUUUGGAUAGGAGACCCCGUCGUGAUAGGCGUUGUAUAGGUGAUCAGGUUCAGAAAGAAACUAGACGAACGACGGGGAAUUUCUUUCAUUUUUUAGGGUAAUUGUAAAAUAAGUAUAGGCUGGUUUUAGAAACUGACUGUUGUUUCCUUAUGGUUGUUAGUCGAAAAGUGUACUUCAUUCAUGAAA